AUGGAGGUUGAAGAAGAAGAUCUUCCAAAGAAGCCCUCUUCUUCUCAGCUAAACCUCCCACUCUCAAUGAAUCGCCCCACGGUCUCACUCGAGACCCAACGAAUCAACCGUUUAAUCCAUUCCGACCAUUACCACUCUCCCUCCAAACCAAUCUACUCCGACCGCUUUAUUCCCAGUAGAUCCGGUUCUAACUUCGCUCUCUUCGGCCUCGAACCGUCCCCUAAUAAAGAAGAUGGGCCCGGUUCUUACGCCGGUAUGCUCAGGACCGCGCUUUUCGGACCGGAGACGCCCGAGAAGAGGGAUAUCGUUACUGGGUUCUUCUCUCCCUCCAGGAAUAUUUUCCGGUAUAAGACGGAGACGCAGAGGCCGGUUAACUCUUUCUCGCCGUUUGGUGGGUCUGGUGAUGAUGAAGAGUCUCCUGGUGUUAGCCGUAGCCCUGUGAAGGCAACUAGGAACAUUCUCAAGUCGGCUUAUAAGGUAUUGGAUGCACCGGCUCUGCAAGAUGAUUUUUACUUGAAUCUAGUGGAUUGGUCGGCACAAAACGUUCUAGCAGUGGGAUUAGCCAACUGCGUCUAUUUGUGGAAUGCUUGUACUAGCAAGGUAACUAAGUUAUGUGAUAUCGGGGACGACGAGAGCGUUUGCUCAGUCAGUUGGGCACUGCGUGGUACACAUUUGGCGAUUGGAACUAGUAGCGGAACUGUAGAGAUUUGGGAUGCGUUGCGCUGCAGGAGAAUAAGAACGAUGGAAGGUCAUCGACUACGAGUUGGAGCCUUAGCAUGGAGCUCAUCAGUUUUGUCUUCUGGUAGCAGAGACAAGAGCAUACUUCAGAGAGACAUACGGUGUCAAGAAGAUCAUGUCAGUAAACUAACGGGUCACAAAUCCGAAGUCUGUGGACUCAAAUGGUCUUAUGACAACCGCGAGCUAGCAUCAGGCGGAAACGACAAUAAGCUUCUUGUAUGGAACCAACACUCAACACAACCGGUUUUGAGAUACUGUGAACACACAGCAGCGGUUAAAGCCAUUGCGUGGUCUCCUCAUCUCCACGGACUUCUUGCUUCAGGUGGUGGCACUGCUGAUAGAUGUAUCCGUUUCUGGAACACAACGACGAACACUCAUUUAAAUUGCGUAGACACCAGUAGUCAGGUGUGUAAUUUGGCUUGGUCUAAGAACGUGAAUGAGCUUGUGAGCACGCACGGAUAUUCCCAAAACCAAAUCGUUGUUUGGAAAUAUCCAACCAUGACUAAAUUAGCAACUCUGACGGGACACACGUUCCGUGUUCUGUAUCUUGCUGUUUCACCAGAUGGACAGACGAUCGUGACAGGAGCAGGAGAUGAAACCUUAAGGUUCUGGAAUGUCUUCCCUUCCCCAAAAUCUCAGAGCAGGGAGAGCAAAAUAGGGGCGUUGACUUUUGGUAGAACAACAAUCCGGUGA